GCUUUCUCCAAGAUUUUCUCUCUCUUUCUCCCGUUUCUUGCAGGAGAAAAUCAGAAAAUAAGGCUGCAUUCACUCCUAACUGCUUUAAUCGCAGCCCUCCAUCCCUCUCACAGAGACCAAAGAUGAAGAAAUCCGGACUCGUUGCAGCCUACAUGGCAGCUGCUUCGGCCACAGCAGUCUCUGUUUCAUCGCCUUCUUCGUCCUCGUCUCUGAAGACUCUGCAUCAGGAUGCGCCGGUUCAGAGGAACCAAGAGAACUCAUCAUCGGCCAGUUCGUCUUCCGCGGACAAAUUUGCGCCGAGAUUUGACGGUUUGCGAUUCAUCGAGACAUUGGUCACUGCCCACAGAUAAAUAAAGCUUUGUUUCGCGGCAAGGCUUGUUCUUGAUUUUCUUUUCGUCGACCUCCUCCUCGCACUUCAUCUUCUGUGGUCUUGGGGCGCCUGGGAAAUUUAUAUUGGGGAAAGAUUUCAGCCUUUUACUUGUAUUCUUCCCUUGGGAUUAUUACUAGGAACUAGUGAAAGAGAGAAUUUGUAUCAUGACGGGUUAUUGUGUGGCACUCUUCUGACAAACUUGUGACUCCUUGUUUCAGAUAUGAAAUGAAAUUUUUACUUACUCCAAA